AUGGCUGCAGGAAUGUCGAAACAGCCGGGUGAGUGGAAAUCUGAGUUUGCUAGCCGAGGCUUAGCAUUUGGGCGCGCGGGAGUCUGGAACAAGACGCGCCUGGGUGAGAAGAAGUCCCAGGGCUCUCUCCUUGGUUCGCCUGCUUCUUCUGCUUCUUCUGCAGAUGAUCUUCAGCAGUGGAUGUCAUUUCCUGUAGUACAGGCAUGGGGGUUUAUAAACAGUGGCAUAGGCACAUUUGCCACCCCCGAGAUGGUCGAUAUUGCACUCAACGACCACUUCGAGCUUGCUCGUCCCAAUUUUAUCUACAGUGGGGUUUCGCCAUCGCCGUUGCUAUUCCCUCAGAUGUCACACCUUGGACAUGCAGAGUUGUUCGAAUACUAUAUACACCAGCUAUGCCCACGCACAACAGCCAGCUCAAAAGGAAUUUCUCCUUUCUCCUCGCUCAUUCUCCCAUUCAGCAUAUCCGCCUCGCCGAUCUUAUUUAAGGCCAUUCAAGCGUUAGGCGCUUGUCAUUUAUCUCGAGGCAGCUCAUCUUAUGCUGCUCUAGCACUUCGUCUAAAGUCAGAGACCUUGAGAGACCUCCGUGCACGUUUAUCUUCUGAAGGGGUAUCGACAUGCUCCGCCGAUCCCGAAAUACUGAUAGUCAUUAUGAUGCUGUGUCUCUACGAGAUUGCAGAUAAAUGUGACCAUAAUUGGACUACACAUCUCAAGGGAGCCAAGGACCUCAUUCGGAUUCGAAGACAGAACGCUCUGGUUCUUUCAAAGCCAGUCGAAGCUCUGGAUCCCGUGUCUGACUUUGCAGAACACUUCUUUGCUUUUCAAGAUGUUAUGGGCAGAACAGCUUGCGGUGAGGAGGUCUUGUUCGGUAGUGAUUAUUGGCAGGCUACCGAUCAGCGUAUUGAUCUUUGGAUGGGUUGCAGUCCAGAACUCGUCUCUAUUCUUGCUAGCAUCACCGAGAUGAGCCGUGUGAGAAGACUCCUCGAUUCCAACGCUGCCCGCGAAUCAUUCGCCAGCCGUGCAGCCUUACUGGAACAUCGCUUGGAUAACCUCGUGCAAGAAAUCGACGGCGAUGAGGAUGACGAAACACUUCUAUCUGCGGCAGAGGCAAAGCGACUUGCAGCUGUCAUCUAUUUGCACUGCGCACUCUUCGAAGCUAGCCCUACAACACCUUUGGUGGUGGAGUACGUGCGUAAGAUUCUACAGAUCGUUUCUCGUCUGCUAGAGCAAGGGGCUUUGGCCAGUGUGACAUGGCCGGUCUUUGUGGCUGCAGUUGAAUUAGAUCCAGGAAAUGAUGUGGUUCCCUCCGACUCGGGGUCAGGCCGGUCGAUUGUACUUAGAGCGCUGGACAUGAUGACCCACUCGGCUACUUCAAACAUCACUAGAACACGAGCUGUCAUUGUCCAAGUCUGGCAGGCGCGUGACCAAUCUCUGCUUAAGGCUCCCCAGAUGCCAUGCAAUGACUGGGAGUGGUAUGUUGCGCCUAUAAGCACUGCUAUGACUUUGGCGUGA